AUGGGAGAAGACACUGUACCUGAAGCUGGCGAGAGGAAAAAAGAAGCGGAGGAUGGUGAGGGUGGAGGAGGAGGAGAGGAUGAUGGUGGUGGUGGUGAUGGUGGUGGUGGUGAUGGAGCUGAAGGCGAAGACGACGGGCGAUGGUGGUGGAUGGCGAGGGCGGCGCCUUCAUGGUUGGUGUGUGGUGGUUGUGUGGACCAGGACACUUGGUUGUGGUUGUUGGUUGUGGUUGUGGUGCGUGCGGGCGGAAGCAAAUCCCCUGACGCAGGACGCUGGACGCUGGACGCUGGACACUGGACACUGGACACUGUGGAGAGAGAGAGAGAGGGUUUGGUGACUCUGGCCAGGCGGCGGCUGCGGGCUGCCCUGCGACGGGGCGUAUUUCCCCGUACGGACAGCCGCGGGUACACGGCCAGUGUGUGGGCAUCCGCUGCAGCUGCCGCGUAA